UCAAAGCCCCCCCUGGAGGCCGGCCCGUCCCUUUGCACCCCGAACCCCGCCAAAAGCUCGGCAGCUUCGAAGAAGAAAACUCGCGAGCGGAGGACUCAAGAGCGAUUCCUCCUCCGAUCAUGGCGGCGGCGGCGGCGACGUCGUUCCUCUCGCCGACGCAGAGGUACGGGGCGGGAGCCCUGUUCGCCCUCGCGCUCCACCAGGCCCAGAUCCACCAGACGCGUCCCCUCGGCUCCUUCGCCGGCGGCGAGGCCUCCGACGAGCGGAGCAGUAGCGGGAGCAGCAGCGACUCCGUGUCCGAGGACCCCGAGCUUUGGGUCCACGAGAGCUCGGGCUUGCUCCGGCCGGUUUUCAAAUUUCUAGGUAUCGAUCAGGCGGCAUGGCUGGGUCUGGAGGAAACUGCCGGUUCAUCUGCUGCAAAGCAUCAUGUUGGAGCUUUCAUGAGGUUACUCUCUGAAGAUAGCGGUGACAACUCUUCGGAAAGAUCAGAACAGCAAUUUGCUUUGGCUAAAGCUAUAGACUGUAUGGCACUUAGCAUGGAGACAAAUCCUGUGUCUUUCCAGUCUAAGAAGGAGAAGCACCGUGAAUAUGAGCAUGAGUGCCGGCAGAAAUGCUCUACGAGUGAUGGACAAGAAAAUGCUGCAGCAGUGGCUAUAGCCUCAGAAACUUUUCCUGAUACGAGCGAUUACAACAUCCAAAGCUCGUCUCUUGGGCCUGGAUACAAACUUGAUGGGGAGUCUGUGGAGGAAGGUGGAAUGCUCAGUUACCAGAGGAAAGUGACAGUUCUUUAUGAGCUUCUUUCAGCUUGUCUAGCAGAUAUUCGUGAUGAUGACAAAAAGGUUGCUCGACGAAGGAAAGGGUAUGAUGCUAGACAUCGGGUGGCUUUGAGGUUGUUAGCUACUUGGCUGGAUAUCAAGUGGCUAAAAAUGGAAGCAAUUGAAAUAAUGGUUGCUUGCUCUGCAAUGGCUGCAGCCAGGGAAAAAGAAUUAAAAGAGGAAGAAAAAGCCCAAUCGCCAAAGAGCUCAUGGGCCAAAUGGAAGCGUGGUGGCAUCAUUGGUGCUGCUGCAUUGACUGGAGGAGCCUUAAUGGCUAUUACUGGGGGAUUAGCUGCACCAGCAAUUGCCGCAGGUUUAAGUGCUCUAGCUCCAACGUUAGGCACUUUGAUUCCUGUGAUUGGAGCAAGUGGGUUUGCUGCCGCUGCGAGCGCUGCAGGAACAGUAGCUGGUUCUGUUGCAGUUGCUGCAUCCUUUGGAGCUGCCGGAGCUGGUCUUACGGGGAGUAAAAUGGCAAGAAGAAUUGGAGGUGUUGAUGAAUUUGAGUUUAAAUCCAUUGGGGAGAACCAAAACCAAGGGCGAUUAGCAGUUGAGAUCUUGGUCUCUGGAUUUGUGUUUGACGAGAAGGAUUUUGUAAACCCAUGGCAGGGACAAAAUAACAACUUGGAAAGGUAUGCGCUUCAGUGGGAGUCGAAGCAUCUAAUAGCUGUGAGCACUGCAAUUCAGGAUUGGCUUACUUCAAGAGUUGCGAUGGAACUGAUGAAGCAAGGUGCAAUGAUGACUGUUUUAAGCACACUGUUAACUGCUUUGGCUUGGCCAGCUACAUUGCUUGUUGCCACUGACUUUAUUGACAGCAAGUGGACAAUUGCUAUAAACAGAUCUGACAAAGCAGGAAAGAUUCUUGCUGAAGUGUUACGACAAGGCUUGCAAGGGAACAGGCCUGUGACGCUUAUAGGUUAUUCGCUUGGAGCACGGGUCAUUUUCAAAUGUCUCCAGUUUCUUGCGGAAACGGAACAGACUGCUGAACUUGUUGAAAGAGUCGUCCUUCUGGGUGCACCUAUCUCAAUUAGAGAUGAGAAUUGGAAAGCUGCCAGAAAGAUGGUGUCUGGAAGGUUUAUUAAUGCAUACUCCACAAAUGAUUGGAUGCUUGGGCUUGCUUUCCGCGCCAGUAUGUUUACUCAAGGAUUAGCUGGAAUUCAAGCAACUGACCAUCCUGGGAUUGAGAAUGUCGACAUUACAGAUCUCAUUGAAGGGCACAGUUCGUAUCUAUGGGCGACGCAAGAUAUUCUGGACCGGCUUGACUUGGAUACUUAUUACCCCACUUUCAGGUGCCCUCAACGAAUUUGAUGGUAAAAAGCCUAUCUUCUCCUGCCUGUACAAAUAAAUGUCCUGUCUGACCCCCAAAUUUCUCGUCCUGGCUAAAAGCUUAGAUUCGAUUUGUAAAUAAUUUUCAUAUUUGUUGUACUGCAGAAAUGUACCUUUUUAUAUAGUGAAAUCCAUUACAGAGCGAA